AUGGGUUCAUGCGAGGCUGAUUACUGUUACAUUGAACGAAAACCGGCUGAUGGUUAUGGCAAAUACCGGAUAACUAAAGGCUGUGUUAGGAGACCUCCAAGAAAACUGUUGGGUUGUGACUACGACUAUUUUCAGGAUCAUAUUCUCUGCGUCUGUUAUGGUCGCUUUUGCAAUGAUGCCAUAUAUUUUCGACCAGUUACAAGACGUAAUGUUACAUGCAGAAAAUGUCCCGAACGAGAUCCGGACUGUGGUGAUACCUGUCAGGGACAGUGGUGCCAUGAAGAUACUACGACAGGAUCAGCUGGUUGCGGUUAUGGACCUCCAGCAUUACCAUUUUUUUAUAAGAGUCUUGAUCUGUUGGCACACAGAAGCCGGAUCUGCAUUUCGAUUAGCAGAGGAACAGGCAAAGCUCAUAGACACUGCGUUUGUAAAACAAAUAAUUGUAACGACCUAAAUCGAAGAUAUCAGCCAUGGGAAAAAAUUGCUGGUGAUUUUAACGCAUUUCGAUUCAACGCUCAUACGGGUAAUGAAUUAGCUUUACAUCAGUGUGUCAGUUGCGAAAUCACUACACACAAUAUGGCUACAUCUGCAUCCUGCAAACAGGAUACAUGCAUUGGACAUUUUUGUACAUACGCUACACAACGUUCUGUGAUCACCGGUAAACGGUAUAGUACACCGGCAAUGAGUGAACGUCAAGGUUGCAUCAAUGUAACCGAUAGCGAAAAUGUACAGUUAGGCUGCACACAUACAUGGAUGGAUAAUGAAGAAGAACAGUUAUUUUGUGCCUGUAAAGGUGAUAUGUGCAAUCAAGAUCUGGCUACAGCAAGUCUCAGUGAAGCAGCUCAUAUUGUUCACCCCUCUCCUGUCGCUCUGAUCGUUCUAAUUCUCAUUUAUAGAUUUUUACCAAAUAUUAUCUUCAGCAUUCUGUGAUG